CGUUAAUUCCGCAUACUGUGCGUUUGUAUUACGCCUGGUGUUACGAUCUUAAACGAUGUAUGGUGGGUGUGAGACUUUAUAAUAGACAUAGAGCUUCUGAGGUAGCGACAUCAAUUGGACUAUUGCAUUGAGAGCGAGGUAAAGUUGGAAUACUGGAUAUAGCAGUGCGCCGAGAAGGAUGCGAUUGGAGCUAACGGUUGCAGUGAUUCUGUUGGCUCUGUCAAUGGUGUUAGGACAGUGGACUCCACAAGGGAGAUUCGGAAAAAGGUCGGGGAUUAUACCACUGGAGUGGAUGUCACAUAUAACUUCAGGUGAUGAUGGAAUAGAGAAUUCAGUCAAUUCACUAAUUGCGAGGCCAGAACUAAAUGACGUCAGCGUUCCAUUCUUCAAUACAAAAUCUAUAUUCUGCAUCAGAGUGUCUUCAAAAGGACUCUACAAGUGUUAUAGGAGGUCAUCAUUUAUAACAGAUAUUCCAACUCGGUAAUAGCAGCUUUGCCACCAGGGGAUAUGUAUUCACCAGGUGGCGCUAUGAAAUGUAAAUACAACAUAUAGUAGCAUAGACCCCGUCCCACAAAUACCAGUCCAUUCUGUGAUUCUGAUCUUCCCAAUAACAAUCCUCCGUUUGUCUGCCACACCUACUUAGACAAUGCGGGUCUUCGAGUCCGACUCAACAUAAAAGCCACUAACACAAGACCGUAACAAACUAUUCAAUUCUGUUGGAUAUUUUGACAAUGUCUCAUGUAAAAG